AUGAGAAUCCCCUACGUGCACAAUCCCCCUCCAACUUCUUCCCCAGAGGAGGAGUCCAUAGUCGCCGCAAUUGCGGCCCGCCGUCAUCCCCGCCCUAUACAGCCUCUCGACCUUGCACUCCUCCACUCCCCACACGUAGCCGCUGGCUGGAACUCAUUCGUCGGAGCCGUCCGCACAAAGACAUCGCUCUCUGACGAUCUGCGCGAGCUUGCCAUCUGCCGCAUCGCGGUCGUCAAUAGAGCCUGGUAUGAAUGGAUGCACCACGCGCCACUAGCCAUCAAGGGCGGUGUCUCGGCUGCUUCAAUGGAGGAGAUCCGGAAAGAUGGUCCUCUGGCGCGGAGUCAAUGCCCUGAAGGCUUCACGGAUAAGCAAUGGUCUGUUUGUGUGGCCACUGAUGAAAUGACGAGGAAUGUGCAGGUUGCUGAUGAUACGUUCGAUUGGCUGAAGUCUCUUUUCGGUCAUCAGGAGGUGGUGGAAAUUGUUGCAACUGUAUGGUAUCCUGAGCUGAACUACAUUUGA